AUGGUCCCUGUGUUCGGCUUCUGCCUGGGGUCUUGGAUCAAUUCCACGUUCUGGCGCAGAGGCGCCAUCACCUCUGUUAUGGCCCCCAUGAGCUCCAUAAAGCCGCGACGGAUCUCCUCCUGCAGCGUCUUACUCAGGGUAUCUGCCAUGCUGCCUCUCCACGUCUCCUGUGCUUGCGCUAUGGCGACAUUUACUCCUGAGAGAAUCUCGGAGGGCAGUGCGUUGGAUUGGCCUGGCAAAUUCCAGCUGUCGUCUCCACGCCCCUCAGCGCCCUGUGUGUCACCGCCUUGCAUCUGUCCUUGGAGGUUACCUGGUGGAGGAGUCCUGCGGGUCAUUUUCUGUUUAGACCGCAAGUUGUACGCGCUCAUCAACUUGGCCCUAUAUUUCCCUACCUCGAACUAUCCUACUUAUCUUUUUAUUCACUACAAUUAUCUAUUUUUCUUUCAGAACAAUCGCGUAAACACUACCUAUAACGCUAGCUCACUGAUCUUCAGCACAAAAACACUUAAUACGGCAAAACAAUAAUAAGGGGGAAAGGAACCACAAC